AUGCUCACCUUUUUAGUAGCUUCAGCAUUCACAGGUAGAUGCGCUAGCGAUGUACGGCUUCUGCGACGAGUGGGGCUCGUGCCUGAGCCCUGGUGCUCAAGCAAGCACAGCAAAGUCAGAGGCACGGGUACUGUGGAAUGCUCCAAAAACAAGGAAUUGCAGACAGCUGUGCACCGCACUUCAAGUGCGUACUCCGUGCUCGUACAAGACCUUCGCCUUCACUUAGGUCCUCCAGGGGCAAAGCGUCCUGUGCUAAAGGGCGUCAACCUUUACAUAAGGCGUGGUUCUUUGCACAUGUUGCUGGGACCCAACGGGUGCGGGAAAUCCAGUUUACUGAAAGUGCUCGGCGGGCUCGUGGUACCAGACAGCGGGUUGGUUCAGACAGAUCAGCCCAGUGGUUUUGUAUUCCAGAACCCAGACCAUCAGGUUGUCAUGCCUACCGUGGCUGCGGAUGUUGCCUUCGGCCUUGGGCGCUACAAGCUGACUGAGGCGGAGGUAGCUUUUGCGGUGCGAUCGGCCCUCCGUCUUGUCAACAUGGAGGACUUUAUGUAUCGAGCUACGCACACUUUAUCUGGUGGACAGAGGCAGCGUGUGGCCAUUGCCGGUGCCCUUGCCGAAAACCCCAAGCUGCUGCUCCUUGAUGAGCUCACCACAUUCUUGGACCGCGAAGAUCAAUUUGGAGUGUUACAGGCUGUGCGCAGCAUCGCCUCAGCCAAGGAGGAAGUGACAGCCAUCUGGGUUACGCACAGGUUUGAAGAAUUGCAGUUCGCGGAUGCUGCGAGCUACAUGGAGGAUGGGCGCGUGGUGUUUACAGGUACACCGGAUGAGGCAAAGCUUUUUCUGCGGAAGCGUGGUGCACCUGUGUAG